UCCACUACACUGAUUGGUUAAUAAGCUGCGAGUGAGAGGCUAAAAAAGGCGGAGCUCGGCUCAUAAGCGCAGGGCGAGUGUUGGGAUCUGUCACAUGUACCGAGCGGAGCAGCCGAGCAGGAUGGCUCCACUUUGGUUUCUCCUGCUUGUAGUCUCCACUGUUGGGGCAACACUGUGCCCGGAUGGCAGCGCCUGUGGGGAGAAGAGUCUGUGCUGUCGGCUGCCUGGCAACGAGGGCUUCGGCUGUUGUCCCGAGGGAGAGGUUGUGUCUCACUCCCUUCCCAUGAUGCUCUCCCAGACCUCCUGCUUUGGGCCCUCAGGUUGCCCAGAUGAAUAUUCCUGUGUGACUACUCCUCAGGGGGGAAGCGCUUGCUGUCCGAUGGCUCAGGGAAGGUCGUGCCGAGAUGGACAUCACUGCUGCUCCGCUGGUUCUUAUUGCUCAGACGACGGUCACUUCUGUAUCCCAGCCUCUAAUGAGUCGGCCGUAAUCUGCCCAGAUGGGAAGUCUGAAUGUCCCGCUCUCACCACCUGCUGCCUCAUGUCUGACAUGUCAUCGUGGGGGUGCUGCCCUAUGCCACAGGCUGUCUGUUGUGCUGAUCACAUGCACUGCUGUCCUUCCAACUCCAAGUGUGACGUCCAACAAGGCCGAUGUGUCACCAAACAGGACCAUGUUCCCUGGAUGCAGAAACUUCCAGCCCGUGUGAGGUUGGUGGUGGGUUUGGGAGAUGAAGAACGUUGGGUUCAAUGUCCUGAUGGCACUUCUUGCCCAGACGGCUCCACCUGCUGUGAACAAGUCGACCGCACAUACGGCUGCUGCUCCAUCUUGUCUGCCGUCUGCUGUUCUGAUCAUCUUCACUGCUGCCCUGCUGGAACCUCGUGUGACCUUGUCCAUCAGAAAUGCGUUUCCUCAAAUGGGGAGGGGCCGUUGUUGCUGCAGAUGCCGGCUGUCAGGCAGGAAUCAGCCAAUCGGGUUCUCUGUGAUGCCUCCACUAGUUGCCCAGAUAAGAACACCUGCUGCCGCCUGUUAUCGGGGAAGUUUGGUUGUUGCCCCUAUGAUCAGGCAGUUUGUUGUGAGGAUCAGAUUCACUGCUGUCCCAACGGCUUCACGUGUUCUGACGGCAGCUGUGUGAUGGCCGAGCACUCGAUCCCGUGGAUGAAGAAGACUUUGGCAAAGGGGCUGACGACAACCAGAGUUCAUUGUGAUGAAACUGCCAGUUGCCCAGAACAGGAAACCUGCUGUCGUCUGGUAUCUGGGAAGUGGGGGUGCUGUCCUAUAGAGAAGGCCGUGUGUUGUGACGAUCAUCUCCACUGCUGCCCUGAAGGCUUUACCUGCACCCAGGGCCAGUGCUUGGCAGAAGAGCUCUCCAUCCCCUGGUUCAGCAAAACUCCAGCUCUGACCCAUGAGGCCAGAGACGUCCAGUGUGACGACAUGUACAGCUGCCCAGAUGGACAAACCUGCUGCCGCCUGGCGUCCGGGGACUGGGGGUGCUGCCCUAUAGCAAAGGCCGUGUGUUGUGAGGAUCAUGAACACUGCUGCCCCCCGGGAUACACCUGCUCCGGAGGAGACUGUCAGAUGGGGGAUCAGUCCAUCCCGUGGCUCCGCAAGACUCCCGCUCUGAGACAGAAGGCCAGAGACGUCCAGUGUGACGACAUGUACAGCUGCCCAGAUGGACAAACCUGCUGCCGCCUGGCGUCCGGGGACUGGGGGUGCUGCCCUAUAGCAAAGGCCGUGUGUUGUGAGGAUCAUGAACACUGCUGCCCCCCGGGAUACACCUGCUCCGGAGGAGACUGUCAGAUGGGGGAUCGGUCCAUCCCGUGGCUCCGCAAGACUCCGGCUCUGAGACAGGAGGCCAGAGACGUCCAGUGUGACGACAUGUACAGCUGCCCAGAUGGACAAACCUGCUGCCGCCUGGCGUCCGGGGACUGGGGGUGCUGCCCUAUAGCAAAGGCCGUGUGUUGUGAGGAUCAUGAACACUGCUGCCCCCCGGGAUACACCUGCUCCGGAGGAGACUGUCAGAUGGGGGAUCAGUCCAUCCCGUGGCUCCGCAAGACUCCGGCUCUGAGACAGGAGGCCAGAGACGUCCAGUGUGACGACAUGUACAGCUGCCCAGAUGGACAAACCUGCUGCCGCCUGGCGUCCGGGGACUGGGGGUGCUGCCCUAUAGCAAAGGCCGUGUGUUGUGAGGAUCAUGAACACUGCUGCCCCCCGGGAUACACCUGCUCCGGAGGAGACUGUCAGAUGGGGGAUCAGUCCAUCCCGUGGCUCCGUAAGACUCCGGCUCUGAGACAGGAGGCCAGAGACGUCCAGUGUGACGACAUGUACAGCUGCCCAGAUGGACAAACCUGCUGCCGCCUGGCGUCCGGGGACUGGGGGUGCUGCCCUAUAGCAAAGGCCGUGUGUUGUGAGGAUCAUGAACACUGCUGCCCCCCGGGAUACACCUGCUCCGGAGGAGACUGUCAGAUGGGGGAUCAGUCCAUCCCGUGGCUCCGCAAGACUCCGGCUCUGAGACAGGAGGCCAGAGACGUCCAGUGUGACGACAUGUACAGCUGCCCAGAUGGACAAACCUGCUGCCGCCUGGCGUCCGGGGACUGGGGGUGUUGCCCUAUAGCAAAGGCCGUGUGUUGUGAGGAUCAUGAACACUGCUGCCCCCCGGGAUACACCUGCUCCGGAGGAGACUGUCAGAUGGGGGAUCAGUCCAUCCCGUGGCUCCGCAAGACUCCGGCUCUGAGACAGGAGGCCAGAGACGUCCAGUGUGACGACAUGUACAGCUGCCCAGAUGGACAAACCUGCUGCCGCCUGGCGUCCGGGGACUGGGGGUGUUGCCCUAUAGCAAAGGCCGUGUGUUGUGACGACCAUGAACACUGCUGCCCCCCUGGAUUCACCUGCUCCGGAGCCCAAUGUAUCGGCGGUGGCGGGGGGCUCUCCAUCCCCUGGUUCAGCAGGACUCCAGCUCUGAGACAGGAGGGUAACUCGGUGAAAUGCGACGACUCCUUCUCCUGCGGCGACGGACAAAGCUGCUGCCGCAUGGUGUCUGGGGAGUGGGGCUGCUGCCCUAUAGAGAAGGCAGUUUGUUGCUCAGACCAUCUGCAUUGUUGUCCCUCCGGUUACACUUGUAACGUGGCUGCUGGCAGUUGUGAGAUGCCACAGAAGAAACUUGUGAAGAUUUCCUUUCCCGGCGCCACAUCGGCUCUGAGGCUGAACUACGUCUGGUGCGACGCACAAACUUAUUGUUUUGAUGGUCAGACAUGUUGCCGAGGACGUGGAGGCGUGUGGAACUGUUGUCUUUACACUCAGGGGGUGUGUUGCCCAGACAUGGUGCACUGCUGUCCUUAUGGUUACGUCUGUCUGGCGGGUGGAGCUUCGUGCGCUCGCUCAGGAAUCUCACGUUGGGAUGGGAAACCCUCUCCUAUGAACUGACACAACUUGUACUUGAUUGUUGCUACACUGGAAUGUUUUUUUUAUAUUUCCAACAAGAUUUUUUUUACCCCGUUUGCUUGGGGAGGGGGUGUUUGUAUUUCCCUCCAGUUAAACAAGAGAUUCCCCCUGGAGCAGGACUUGAGCAGUGGUGGCUGCAGCUGGAGGAGUUGAUUCUGCUUUGUGCCUUUUCUUUUUAAUAAAACAACUUGUGCCUCUG